AUGCAGAGGGAGACUGAGAGACAGAGGGAGAUCGAGAGGGAGACUGAGAGGGAAGAGCUGAAGAGGGAGAUUGGGAGAGUGGAUGCUUUAGAAGUUGCAAAGCAAUUCAACCUCAAGACAUACACUUAUUGUGCUUCAUCAGGUCCUUCAUUAAGUUUCUUCCUCAAUUUUCCCAAACUUGAUAAGGAUCUUGAGAUUCUUUCCACUAACUUUCGUGAGCUGCAACAGCCUGUGAAACUUCCAAGUUUCAAGCUAUUUUUUGUUUCUUUGGCCACCUUGGCUAUCUCUUCUCUUCAAGGCAAGGAUCUCAUUGACUCGAUUCAAGACAGAACAAGUGAAUCCUACAAAACAAUUCUUCAUAUUAGAAAAGGAUUGGAUUUGGCAGAUGGUAUUAUACUAAACAGCUUUAUGGAUUUGGAAAGAAAGAGUAAGUCAGCUGGCAUAAACGAGACAACUUCAAAGUGUUUAAAAUGGUUAGACAAUCAACCAUCUAAAUCUGUUCUGUAUGUUUCUUUUGGGAGUGGAGGGACACUGUCACAUGACCAGCUUAACAAGCUAGCCUUAGGGUUAGAGACCAAUGGCCACAAGUUCCUGUGGGCUGUGAGGGCUCCAAACGGGUAUGCUUAUUCGGCUUAUUUGAAUGAACAAAAGGAGGACCCAUUUGACUAUCUGCCAAAAGGGUUUCUUGAGAGAAUCAAAGAUCAAGGCUUUGUGCUUCCAUCAUGGGCCCCGCAAAUUGAAAUGUUGAGGCACCAGUCAACUCGUGCGUUCUUGACUCACUGUGGCUGGAACUCUACACUUGAGUGUGUGUUCUAUGGCAAGCCUAUGAUUGUGUGGCCAUUGUUUGCAGAGCAAAGAAUGAAUGCUGCGAUGCUAAGUGAGGAGUUGAAGAUUGCUGUAAGGCCAAAAGAGAAUGCAAAUAAUGAUGGGAUUAUUGUGGAGAAGGAGGAAGUUUCUAGAAUUGUAAAGAGUGUAAUGGAAGGUGAUGAAGGGAAAGAGAUUAAUAGAAGAAUUCAAGUGUUUAAGGAUGUUGCCGCUAAAGCGCUUGGAAAAGAUGGUUCGUUUUCAAGAAUACUCGCUAGUUUAACAAAUCAAUGGAAAAAUUCGAAUGGCAAAUAG